GGGAUUUACGACCAAAAAUCCCUAAAUUGGUCAAAUUGAUAGAAUAAUGUUGCAUUUGAAAAAUUAGACGCUUUUAUCAAUAAUUUAGUAAUUUAGUGGAAUACAUACAAAUUAAGCGACAAUAAUGAUGAGACACUUGGGGGUCCAAAGAAGCACUUCAGUUUUGGAAAACAGUCGACGAGUACCACUUAAUACAAUUAUUUUGCCACCUCUAUCACCACCUCUUCCGGAAAAAACAUCGGAACUUGUCGGAAAAGUAUUGGUGAACAAAUCCAAAUCUGGAGGCGUAAACAGCGAACUAGUGGCCGUUUCGCGGUCACAGGACGUUUCCUCUCACAGCCCUGAAAGACCUAAAGGUCCCGAUAGCGCAAGAGUCGCACAACUGGAGCAAAACAUACGUUUUCUCCAAGAACAACAUCAACUUAUGUUAACAGGGCUUCACAACGAGAUUGAAAGUCUUCGAAAUAGAAACAGAGAAUUGCAAUUCCAAUUAGUUUUCGUCAAAGGUACUCUCCCUAGUUCUCCAUCGUCACCCGAAGACGACUCAAAACAUAAAGUGUAUUCUAGUCCCAAACAAAUUAACAUCACUCCACUUCAAGUUGAAAUUCUGGAAAAAGAGUUGGGGGAAUUGAAAUUUCAGUUGUCGGAAAUCGAAAGUCGGAAUGUAUAUUUGUCUGCUAUAGUAGACGAGCAGAAAAAAAAGCUUGAGCGUUAUGAGCGAGACAGGGAAAAGGAGCGUGAAAGAGCCCUUCAACCCGACCCCGAAUUGUUGCGAAAACUCGACGAUGCUGAGGCUAUCAUAAGAAGAUUGCGGCGGGAAAAUUCCGACUUACGUCGCGAAAACGCGGGUGUGUCUCAUUUCCAAAUGCGGGACUCCACUGGGACAUAUAAGGAGUCCCAGAAAGGCGGUAAUCAACGAGGAAUGGGCCGUCAUAGAGGCAAUGGCAGUGGCCAUUACAGAGGCAAUUGGUUUCCUCCACUCCACUCUCAGAGUUUCUGGCAGCAAGGAUCUCGACCUGAGAGGAACGGUAGUGCGGAAAAUACCGCUUUACCGAACUUGCAAAGUAGUAAUUCAACCCAAUAUCAAGGCCGGAGAGGUGCCAAUAAUAAUCAUUACCAUGAGGGUAGGAAAUACAGAGGGCAGAAUAAGAGCACCAAACCGUCGUAAACCGAGAAUCAAAAUGAUUUUAGGCGUUGGGUAUUUGUAAUCAAGCGCUUAAAUUCUGUCUGUAUUAGAUACAAAUAUUUUAAUACUCCCCGCGAUUUAAAACUGUUGUUAUAAUCAUGUUGACACAUGCAAAGUUCACUUUUUUAUGGGAAAACUUUCGGGAGUAGAGACGUAAUUAUAGACUGUGAUUAAAUCAAAAAGUUUUUUUUUAAUUAUGACUGGGAUUCUCUGAUGUUGCAAGGAAUUUUAACCAUAUUAUAGUGAAUCUAUCUAAAUAUUUUAUCUAUGUAUCUUUAACAGGGAGUUUAUUUAUUAGUGGAUGCUUCCUGCGUAAUUAACAUCCAUCAUCUGCGUAAUAUGUGUAAUUAUUUAGACACUUUUAUCAUUCUGCAAAAUAAAAAAAAAUAGAUUUGGAAUAAAUUGUCAAUUUGGUUCGUGGAUAGUGGCAAGUUUUCUCACUUACCUUAUCGUUUAAAAGAUGCUUUACUUAUGUAAUAAACAGUAUUGAGUAUACUAGUUCAUGAAAAAUCUGUUAAUACAAUAAUAAUUGUAUAAUUGUGCAAUACAUUUUCCUAUACGGUAGAUUUUAAUACUAAACUAUGCACUUUCUGUGUGUUAUAUUUAUGAAUUGACUUAUUUUGUUUACAUUUUAUUUCGUAAUACAUUAUACGUGUAUUAUUAAUCUAAAUAAAGCCCAAUAUUAAC